AUGGCCCAGGGGAAGAAGCUGUUUGUGAGUCUGGUGAAUGUAUUCUGCAACCCUGCCUUUGAGCUGGAAGGGGAGCGAGAGGAGAGGGUGGAGGGAUCCAGGACAUCUUCAUCCACCCCUGAACUACUCAAACCGCCAGCCACUAACCUAGGUUGUGGUCUUUUUGGAGAGUGUGUGGUGCAUCUGCGGGGCCCAGGUUGGGGCUGGGGGGUGGUGGUCUCUGCUGCUGCCCUGCUCGUGCUCCUCCUCUUUGGACUGGCACUGGCCCGCAUCCUGACACAGGUAAAAAGCCAGACAGUAGAGGAUCAGUUGCUGUCCACCAGCCCUCCAGACCGACUGAGUGCAGCACAUGGAGAGUCCCAUACGUUACCCACAGUCCCUUCCAACAGAAGCCAGCAGGACAGUACAGCCACACCACAGUCCAUGAGGACCCCCUCAUCUGAAACACGUUGUGGAGGUGUUUUGAGAGACUCAGAGGGUAGUUUCAGUUCACCGAACCAUCCCGGCUCCUAUCCCCCCAACUCCCUGUGUGUAUGGGUGAUCCGGGUCCCACCCCCCUCCAUGGUCCAGAUCCAUGUGUCCUCUCUGACCGUAGAGGGGCUCUCUCCUUGUCUGUUUGACUGGCUGGAGGUGCGAGAGCAGGUCGAACAGGGCUUUGUGGUCACCAGGUUCUGCGGUAACGUAGCGCCACCAACAGUCAACACAAACAGCAGCACAGUGUGGGUCACCUUCCGCUCUGAUGGAAGCAUUACAGGCAGCGGUUUCACUGCUCAGUACAGGGCCAUACCACCUGGACACAAGAGCUGCUCCAGAGAAGAGUUCAUGUGUGACAGUGGUCAGUGUCUGCUGCCUGUGUCUGUGUGCGAUGGUCAUCCAAACUGCCGUGACCAAACAGAUGAGGCAAACUGCAGCCAUAAACACAAAGAAUGCGGUGGGCAGAAGACUGAACCUUACGGUUUCCUGUCAAGCCCAAACCACCCCAGGCCUUACCCUCACCAGCUGUUGUGUAUAUGGUAUAUAUCUGUUGAGGAGGGUCAUGUUAUCACACUGAGCUUCAGGAACUUCAGCCUGGAGACUCAGGAUGUGUGUGAGUUUGACUAUGUGGAAGUUCACGACAGCAGCGGCACUGCCACCGGAGGAACUAUGGGAAGAAUGUGUGUCUUUUUUGUGUGUGAGUUGACCACAGUGUUCUGGAGCAGCUUUUGUCUCCUGCGCCUUUGUCUCAGGUUCUGUGGUACAACAUUCCCACCAGACCUGACCUCCUCUGGCCCCCACAUGACUGUGGUGUUUGUGGCUGAUGAGGGAGUGGCCGACAGCGGCUUCAACGCCACGUACCAGGCUGUAUCUGUACUGGACAGGACAUGUGGUCCCAGCCAGUUUGCCUGCAGUACAGGGCAAUGUCUUCAGCCGCAGUGGUUGUGUGAUGGAUGGAAUGACUGCCCCGAUGGAGCAGAUGAACAAAGCUGCAGCAACUCCACCUACCCGCCAUUUAGUUCAUCGUGUGAGUUCAUAGAAGUAGAGAUGUGUCAAGGCCUCAGCUAUAAUUUCACCUCAUUUCCAAACAUCUGGCUGUCCAUUACUGAUCAGAGAGAAGCUGCCACACUACUGCGACAGUACCGGGUGCUGAUGGAGCUGGCCUGCUUUGAACCCCUGCGGAGACUGGUGUGUGGGAUGUUUCUGCCCCAGUGCAGCGCUCAGGGUGGUGUCUUGCAGCCCUGCCGCUCAGUCUGCUCCUCAGCCCAACAGCAAUGCAGCCAAGCCCUGGAUCUCUUCUCCUUCAGUUGGCCCUUCAACUGCCACCUUCUGCCUGACUCACAGGACCCCAUGGAGUGUUCACUGCCUUGAUGCUGCAAAUUAUUGUGUAGUAAGAGAGAUGAUCCCCUCCAAUUCACAGAACAUGUCACACCAGAUUCACUGUGCUGUUUGAUGACAAAAGCCUGCAUUUUACAGAACUGGAGAAUAACAUUCUGGCCUCAGAUUAGUUUGACUUGCAGCAAAACUGCAACCCUUAUUGCACCCUCCUGUCUAUAAAGCCUGCAGAAGACUGUGGCACAGUAGCUAUUUUGAUAGAAAAGCUUUAAAGUACCAAGUAGUUUUCAGCCUCUGUGAUUCAAAUAUCAACUGCGCUAGUUAAAAGGUUCUGAUCUCACUGACCAGUAGAAACCAAACUUGUAAAUUUUCACCA